UAGUCCCCGCACAUGCGCACUGACGUGGUUGAAGCCGUCCCAACAUGGCGCUGACAAAGACCGUGUACAACCUCCUCUUCAGGAGGACGUCCACUUUCGCCGUGACCAUCAUGGUGGGAGCCGUCUUGUUUGAGCGGAUAUUCGACCAAGGCGGCGACGCUAUUUUUGAGCAGAUGAACCGCGGGAAACUAUGGAAACACAUCAAGCACAACUACGAGAAGAACGAGGAGUGAUGAAGGGAAGCGGGUCGGGGUGUCGGGAGUCCAGGGUGGAUGAAGAGUAAACAGCAACGAUCAUGGACUGGAGAGUAAACAACAACAACAACAACCAUGGACUGAAGAGUAAACGACAACAUCAACAACCAUGGACUGCAUCGGAAAAAAACAUCAACAACCAUGGACUGCAUAGAAAAAACAACAUCAACAACCAUGGAGUGAAGAGUAAAAAACAACAUCAACAACCAUGGACUGAAGAGUAAACAACAUCAACAACCAUGGACUGAAGAGUAAACAACAUCAACAACCAUGGACUGCAUAGAAAAAAACAACAACCAUGGAGUGAAGAGUAAAAAACAACAUCAACAACCAUGGACUGAAGAGUAAACAACAUCAACAACCAUGGACUGCAUAGUAAACAACAUAAACAACCAUUGACUGCAUAGUAAACAAAAACAUCAACAACCAUGGACUGCAUAAUAAACAACAUCAACAACCAUGGACUGCAUAGUAAAUAACAUCAACAACCAUGGACUGCAUAGUAAACAACAACAUCAACAACCAUGGACUGCAUAGUAAACAACAACAUCAACAGCUAUGGACUGAAGAGUAAACAACAUCAACAACCAUGGACUGCAUAGUAAACAAAAACAUCAACAACCAUGGACCGCAUAGUAAAAAAAAACAUCCACAACCAUGGACUGCAUAGUAAACAACAUCAACAAGCAUGGACUGCAUAGUAAACAACAACAUCAACAGCCAUGGACUGAAGAGUAAACAACAACAACCAUGGACUGCAUAGUAAACAAAAACAUCAACCAUGGACUGCAUAGUAAACAAAAACAUCAACAACCAUGGACUGCGUAGUAAACAACAACAUCAAGAGCCAUGGACUGAAGAGUAAACAACAUCAACCAUGGACUGCAUAGUAAACAAAAACAUCAACAACCAUGGACUGCAUAGUAAACAAAAACAUCAACAACCAUGGACUGCAUAGUAAACAACAACAUCCACAACCAUGGACUGGAUAGUAAACAACAUCAACAACCAUGGACUGCAUAGUAAACAAAAGCGUCAACAACCAUGGGCUGAAGAGUAAACAAUAACAACAACCAUGCUGCAAGUGUGCACCACAUGUUGACCAGACCACCUGAAGUUGGAGCAAAGGACCCCCUCUCACCUCCAUCCCUUUCCCUCUCGAUCGUUAAUGCCUUUAUUGUCAUCGUCCCAUGUUGUACAUGGUUAAAUUAAACGUGUUCACGCUUGUUGUUUGCUGCCAGUGAUAUUUACCCCAAUAAAAGCAAAGACAAGCACUUUAAAA